AUGGCACACAUUAGGAUCACUCACACGAAGGAGAAGCCCUUUCCGUGCGAUGUAUGCGACGAACGAUUCGCAACCAAAUUCUUCCUCAAACGCCACCAAUUGACUCAUCCGUCGGCACAAAGUCUUACGUGUGAUUACACUGACUGUGCGUUUGAGACACUGUUUCACAACAUUUUAACGGCUCAUAUGAAAGGCCACGACUUGAGCCCUCAGUUUCCGUGCGAUGAAAGUGGAUGUGAUCGCAGUUUUUAUACUCUAAGGGCUCUUAAGCAACACAAGAGUACGAGAAUACAUAACCCGGACUUUGUGUACAAAAAGCAGAAGAAACUUCAUGUCUGCUAUUGGAUCGGCUGUGCGAAGAGUUUCCAAUCCAAUCACCUAUUGGUGGCUCACAUACGGCUCAGACAUACCAAUGAAAAGCCGUUCAAAUGCGACGAAUGCGGCAAAGAGUUUGCCAUUGAUUUGUAUCUCAGAAAACAUCAAAAACUGCAUUCAAUUGACAAACAAUUUAAAUGCGAAUACAAUGGCUGUUCGUACGAGACGUCCAGAAAAGCUGAUUUUGAUAGUCAUGUGCUGAGACAUACCGGCGUCCCUACUGUCAAAUGCGAUGAAAUGGAUUGCAAUAAAAGUUUUUAUACCGUAAAUGCCCUCAAAGUGCAUAAGAAGACCACUCAUAGGGACGACCGGCCCCUGGCGUGCAAUUGGCCGGGAUGUGAGGCCCGCUUUAAGACCCGUACAGCCAUUCGUCGCCAUAAGAAUAUUCAUUUAGGAGUUCCGAAGUAUAGGUGCGAUAUAGAGGGCUGUCGUAAAAGUUUUGUGAAUCCGGGAUAUUUGCGUCAACACGAGAGAGAGCACACGAAGCCGUUUGUGUGCAGUUGGCCGGCCUGUGAGCGCCGGUACGGCUCUAACGACAGACUCGUGGACCACCAGAACGCACACCUGGACCUCCGCGCCAACAAAUGUCCGGUCAGUGGAUGUGAUCGCAGUUUCUUCAGUAAGCCUUCUGUGAGACAACACUUAAGACAAGUCCAUAAAUACGCCAAAACUGACGGACUUUUACCGAUAACUAAACGAUAG